AUGAUUGGAUACUGUGGAACUGGAUACAAUGGUAUGCAGAUCCAAAACAAUCUUGAUGCUAAGACUAUUGAAGGGGAUUUAUUUCAAGCGUUUGUAAAGGCCGGUGCGAUCUCUCCAGAAAAUGCGGACGAUUUAAAGAAGAAUGGGUUUAUGAGAGCUGCCAGAACUGAUAAAGGGGUUCAUGCUGCAGGUAAUGUCAUUUCAUGUAAAUUAAUUAUCGAAGACGAAGAUAUUUUAGAGAAGAUCAACAAGGAAUUACCUGACCAAAUUAGAGUUUGGGGUAUCGAAAGAACCAACAAAUCGUUUGAUUGUCGUAAAAUGUGUUCUUCAAGAGUAUACGAGUAUUUAUUACCUACUUACAGUUUCUUACCACCAAAGCCUAAAACUGUUUUAUCCGAAUUGGUUAAAAAAGGUAAGGCUGACCAUCCAGGAAUAGUUAGAGAUGACCCUGAGGGUGACAAAUGGUGGGCUGAAACCUCUCAAGCUAUUUUAGACAGUGGAAUUUCCCAAGAUGAUGUCAAUAAGGCACAGUCUAUCUUGGAAGCUACUAACAGUGUUGAUGAUGGAAAUUCUGAAAUUAACAAGGAAGAUACUAAGUUAUACAACGAGAACGGUGAAAUAACCGAGACCGGAAGAUUGAUUAAAUCGAUCAAGCAAAUCGAAAACAAGAGAAGAAGGUCCUAUAAUGUGUCUAAAGAGAGGUUGGAAUUAUUCCGUGAAGCCAUGAAACAAUAUGAAGGUUCUCAUAAUUUCCAUAAUUUCACUCUAGGUAAGUUAUAUAAGGAUCCUUCUGCAAGAAGAUAUAUGAAAUUAACAACUGUAUCUGAUCCGUUUGUUAUUGAAGGCACUGAAUGGGUUUCAAUCAAGAUUCACGGGCAAUCGUUUAUGUUACAUCAAAUUAGAAAAAUGAUUUCCAUGGCAGUUUUAGUAAUUAGAACUGGGUGUCCAAUUUCAAGAAUCCAAGAUUGUUUCGGUCCAACUAAAAUAAAUAUUCCAAAAGCGCCUGCUCUUGGUUUAUUGCUUGAGAAUCCUGUCUAUGAAGGAUAUAACGGUAUGUUAGAAAAAUUCGGUUAUAAUAAAAUUGAAUUUGAACCUUACAAAGAAGAGAUCGAUAAGUUCAAGAUGAAGUUUAUUUAUGAAAAAAUUUAUGGUGAAGAAGUUAAAGAAAAUGUAUUUUAUGGGUUCUUUGGAUUCGUAGAUACAUUCAAAGGAAAUAUCGAAUCGAAAGAAGGUAAGCAUAUUUUCGAUUUCUUAGGCGCAGUGUUCGAAUCAGGUAUUGCCAAGGAUGAAAAUAAAGUUGUAGAAGAAAAUAAAGACGAUCAAGAUAAUGCCCCUGUUAAACCACAGGAUAACGUUGAUUAG